CACCACAGCCGCAGGUACCCCCAAUCACACAGAUGCUGCUUGUAAAUGAAUGCCCUGUGAAGUUUGAGAUUGACACGGGAUGUAGUGUGACUGUAUUAUCACAGGUGGAAUAUGACAAAAUGGAAGCUAAAAAGAAACUGCCUGAACUGAAAACAAGUUCUUUAAGUUUAAAAACCUACACAGGACAGUCAGUGAAUGUUUUGGGUACCACCAAAGUUAAAGUUAAGCACAAAGGCCUUACCAAAGAACUCACAGCCGUGGUAGUGGCAGGAGCUGGACCUAACUUAUUAGGACGAUCAUGGCUCACAGAGUUGAAACUCAGCUGGGAAAAUGUGAGUAAAAUUAAAGAGAGCUCAGAGUUGUUGCAGGACAUUUUAAAGAAACAUGAAACUGUUUUUAAGGAGGAACUUGGAACAUUAAAAGGAGCCACUGCUAAGAUUCAUGUACCAAGUGAUGCAAAGCCUCAUUUCUUUAAAUCAAGGUCACUGCCUUUUGCUAUGAGAGAGAAAGUUGAAGCUGAACUUGAUCGUCUGCUUAAAGAUAAUAUAAUUGAGCCUGUGAAAUUCUCAGAGUGGGCCACACCUGUGGUGCCUGUGUUAAAACCAGAUGGAGCAGUGAGACUGUGUGGAGAUUACAGGGUAACUAUUAACAGAGAAUCGUCCCUGGAGCAAUAUCCCAUUCCUCGAAUGGAGGAUAUGUUUGCCAUCUUAGCUGGCGGAGAAAAAUACAGUAAAUUAGAUAUGAGUCACGCAUACCAACAGAUUCUGUUAGAUGAAACCUCGAAACAAUAUGUGACCGUGAAUACCCAUAAAGGUCUGUUCACCUACACCCGAUUACCUUUUGGGGUUAGUUCGAGUCCAGCAAUCUUCCAGAGGACUAUGGAAGGGGUCCUGAAAGGCAUUUCAAAGGUGAUGGUCUAUCUGGAUGAUAUCUUGCUGACAGGAUGA